UUAGAAAUCUUCAACUUUGACGACUAUUAAAGACUGAUCGCAUUGAGUAAUAAUAAUACCAUGAAUAAAUAUACCUUGUCCAACUUCAGGAGAUCCGCCGCAUCUAAAGAACCAUGGAAAGUUGUGUGACAACGUUUGUGGAUUUAGCUAUGGAGAUAUACAUUGUGUAUUUAUAAUUCAUGGAUAUAACGGGCAAAAUUAAGGUCUAACUAUGUCUUCAGAAGACACAAGCAGUGGAGGAGUAUUCAGUGACACGAACAAUUCGGGAGUCAAGACCUUAGUGAUGGUCUUCAUCAUCCUGGGCAUCAUCGCCUUCUCUCUGGGGCUGGCCAAGAUCUGUCAGUACUGUCGCAAGAAGAAUUACCUCCCGGAAGACGACGAGAGCGUGAUAAGCGAGCACACGAGGGACAUCAUAAAAUCGCGCUUGGCGGUGUUGCAUUAUAAGAAACGGGAGAUGCGACGGGAAAAGCGUGCUAACACUAUUCGGGGUGUUGCGAGCUGGUUAACGUUCGCGAGGAAAAAGAAAAAACAAGAUGAUGAUGAUGAUGAAGGCGAUGAUGAAGAUCAUCGUGUGGCCACUCAAAUUCCCAUCGAAAAUGUGCAAUCUUUGGCUAAGUUGGAAAACGGAAGCGUUGGUAAGGACGCUGGAAAGGCAAACGGUAAUGAUGACGAUGAGAAAGAUGGUGCGAUUUCUAGCACGGCUAGAUUACCGAUUUUUACGCAUUCAGUAAGUGCUACUAAGCUCCCAGAUGCGACAGCAAAGAAGACAAGUGAAACUAAAGACAUUCCCGUGCAACGAGGUAGGCCAGUUUCUAGCAGGUCGCGUGUAAUGCCGAACGUAACUAUGACGUCAGUUGACGCAAAAAGUAAACCUAAAUUGAAUGUGAAAUCGGUGCAUUUUGAGGAUGACGGUGGUGAUAAACUAGCAGUACCAAGCAAUACAAACUCUAAAUCAGCAAAAGGUGUUACGAAUAUACCAAAAACUCAUAGUACAGAACAAACAAACUCGCAAGCGGUUUCAAUCGAUGUGAACGGUGGUCAUACGAAUCAUGGUUUCAAUUCAGACGUUCCAACAAAUUCUGCAAUAAAAGGCAAAGUGGACGAUUUAACAGUUCCUGUGAUUAUCGAAACUAAAACAUGAAAAGCCACAAAUUGCGUUUGAUCGAAACAUAUUUUUCGGCCAUUGUGAAAAUGGUGUGUUGUUUAUUUUGCGGAGUUUCGAUGCCUUGGUACCCGUGUCUUUCGAAAAAUAUCUGAGUGUGUUUGAGAAAGGCUGGAGACAUUGGUGCUCAACGAUAGAGCCUCGUUUCGUGACAACUGGUCGUAAUGCAUGUGCAAAAACGUUAUCCCAGAUUAGCCUGUGUAGUCCUUUAUUAAAUUUCCCGUUAAAUGGCGGUCUCUUCAAA